GGAUGCCCGAGCCCGAGCCCAGCCAGAGAUCAGCACAGCAGAGUGGGAGAGGUAAGCGAAACGCACUACGGCAGAGACGGAGGCGGCGUCCCCUGCCGGGCCGUUUCCCCCUCGGGGUGUCCGGGUGGGCAGCUAGCUAGCGACCAGCGAGAGCGGGGUCAGGGGCAGGGGCGGGGUGCCGAGCUAGCGAGCCGACAUGAGCUUCAGGCUCGGGGCCGAGGAGGGGGACGAGGAGCUGUUCGAUACGGCGUCGGCCGUCUCCGGCGGCGGCGACUCCGACGCCGACGAGGGGGACCAGGACCACUUCCCGGACGGCGGCGCGGGCGGGCGCGGCCAGCGCGCGUUCGUGCCGCAGCCGCUGCGGAGGAUGAACUCGGACAGCAUCUACGACAUGACGUCCAUGAUGUCGCAGCUCCCGCCCAAGAAGGGCCUGUCGCGGUACUACGAGGGCAAGUCCCAGUCGUUCGCGUGCAUGUCGGAGGUGCGCUGCCUGGAGGACCUGCGCAAGAAGGACAACCCCUACAAGCAGAAGGUCAAGUCGUGCAAGAGCUACGCCGCGCUGGGAGGGAUGACCAAGAAGCCCUCCUCGGGCUCCUGCGCGAACCUGAGCCUCGAGGCCGCCAGCGGCUUCAGGACGCCGCCGAUUCAGAACGGGUACCAUCAGUAGGCCGGCCGGCGGCUGGCUUGGACCUGGAGGGCGCUGCAGGAAUGUUUUUGUUCUUGAGUGAGGAGGGUCUCUGAACUUUGUUUUUUUUCCAUUUCUUUUUCGCUUCUCUUCCCACUUCUUCUGCGGGAAAUUUCUUCACGGGCGCAUUAGUCCGUGAGAAUUUUAAGAGGUGUUUAACUGUUUCUUGCUCCGCUAUCACUAGAGGAACCUAGGCCAUUUCACACGUUUGCUAUUCGGCAAGCGGGGAAAACUCUUCUAUGUGUACUGUAAAUACGGAGCACAACAGUUCCAGUCAGAAAAUCAUCGACCAUUUACUUUGUUCA